AUGGAUUACUUCGCGUCUCGCCCGUCGAAGGGACGGUCAUUGCCAUUUUGGAGGAUGGCGGUCCUGUUUUCCCUGGCCGGUUACUGUGGUUUGCUCGUCGUUGAGAGCCGUCGCGUCCGCGAGACAGGCGUUGCACGAUGCUUCUUUCGUACUGGAGAUGCAGCCCGAGAUGCGAAUUUAACACCAUUCUAUGUUCCUAUCGAUGACAGACAAAUGUACGAGGAAGGGAUUAGAGACUACGUUGCCCAAAUGGGUGCGAGUAACGACCAAUUCUCAGUGGUGUGUACCGAAACAAGGGAAAAAGACGUGAAGUGUGAACUGUGCCUGUACAAUGAAGUGUCAGAGGACCGCAAGCACGUUCGACAAGGUCAGGUUCUGGACACCAUGCUGCUUGAGUGCAUUGAAGGAAAAUUCAGUCAGGGGUCAAUAAUGCCGAACUCUCAGUACCACCCGAUCUGCUAUCCCCCUCCACAGAGGCCUGUUCGCGAUGCGGCGGAGGCGGAAGGACGGAGCGUCAAUCCUCAUCAACAACUCGGCGACACUGGCACGAAAAAUGCAGGUGAAGAAUCAUGUGGCACCGGUAGCAAAGAAACAGGUGGCUCGUAA